CCUCUUCCUGGACUCACUGAGGUGGUAGAGGGAGCGCAGAGGUGAGAGGGUUGUGCUGGAUUAUCUGUCGCUGAUAAUCAAGAAGAAUAAACACGAUGAAACUGAAACUUAAAAUCUGCCUUCAGGUAUUUUUGUGGCUUUGGUCUGAACAAGUGCUGCGAGAUGUGGCAGCGGGCACAAGUCCAACUUCUAAAAUGACUGACUCACCAGUGUCUGAUGCAAACCUGAUGUUUGAGCUCCUGCUGGGCGGGGUGGAGGUCGACCAGGAUAAAAACAUCCUCCUGCUUGAUAAGGAGAUGGCAUCGAUGAGGUCGGGGCGGGCCUUCCUGUCUCAGAUCAAUGAUAAUAUUCCCAGAAAGCGUGAAUCCAUGGUGCAGAUGGUGGACGCGCUGGAGGAGCGGGGGACGAGGCCACUGACUCAGGCGCAGUUUGAUAGUCUCGUCCUGAGCAUGGUGUACUCUGCCCACCAGGCCUGGCACCAGGAGAGAGGAGAGGAACAGGCGGCCUGGGGCAGGGUGCUGCUCCAGCUGGCCAAUGUCACGGUCCAUGAAUUACGAGGAAAUCAUCUCUACAGUUAUGCCUAAUACACCGACUGCCAGUCUUUAUGAAAUAAAAGAGCAUGUUAUAAACCA